UUCAAUGUCUUCCAAUAAUAAGUCUAAUCGUAAAUCACGUCGCCGUAAGCCACGCAGUGCUAAUGACUCUAAGGCGAAAAUGACAAAUAUGUCGUCAGUAAUCGACGGUAAGAAAGAAUAUAAAAACAUUGACAUUUAUCAAAAUUAUCCAUCAACAUCAAACUCAGCGCCGCAUAUUCAAAGUCAUUAUUCUUCCAAUAAUCGUGAGAAUUAUCACGUUGCCAUGAGACCUAGGUCACUUUAUACAACUUAUAAUUAUCAUCCUAAUGAUAAUAAUAAUAAUUUUCAGCGUUUCAACGAUUUUUCAAAGUAUUUGGAAUCACCACCAAGCGAUCAAUGGACUGGAAUAAAUAAUAAUUCAAAUUAUAAUGGAGCGAACACUAUUUGGCGCCAAAGAAAUCCAACGAAAUCACUAAUUACGCCUUAUUAUCCUUCGGAGGACAAUAAUAAUUGUAUUUAUGGGGAAAAUUGGCGCGAUCAUGAUAUUGAAGGGGGUAGUGUUGGUGCUGUCGCUACACCACACGGUACAAUAUCUCUCAGACUUCAUAAUCGUAUUCGCGUUGACAUGACAGUCGAUCGUGCCGUCAGAGUUAUUAAUUUUAAGAAUAAUAUUGUAUUAUCUUUGAGUGGAUCUGGAUCAGCAGCAGCUCUUUUGCAUCCUAAUGGACGAAUUUAUCAAUAUGGAUCACGUGUUGAAAUUCUUGCUCAUGAUUCCCAUGGAAAUAAUAAAUUUGCUAAAAUGUGGUACAAAGGAGUAAGUUUUACUUCAGAACAAUGUGCGUUGGUGUAUUUAGUUGACGCAGCGGGAACAAGGACUACUACAGAUUCAUUUUCGGAUAUGAGUCAAGAUUUUUCAUUGAGCGUUUUUUAUGCUGAGUCAAGACACGGACCAGCAUGUCUCCAAGAAGCAACGACAGCUCUCAAUGCCGCUCAAUACUGGGUAACUGAAGAAGGAGUUGAAAAUUGGAUUAUUAAUAACGUCAGAGUAUCACAAACUUCUGAUGGACUUGUAAGAAUUGCAAGAAACAGCAACAAAUAUCAACUGCGAACAUCACCAAGCAACGGAACAGCGUCACUGACAACACCAUUCAUGCAUUGCACUGCUUCCUUGGGCCAGACAUCCCACUUAUUCGUACGUCGUGGCGAACGUCGGAUGCAUUACGACGGCACCAGCUUUAUUGUACGCAAUGCCGGUCAUAGUGCCGGCUUCGACGACAAUAAUCAACUUAAAGUCUACUAAAAAUAAUAAUUACAAUCUAUUCCCAUUAAACUUUUCAAAAAUAAUUAUAAAAUCUAUUUCGAGGCUAUUCGUUUUUAAAAUAAAAUAAUAAAUCUUUCAAUUCAUAAAUA